GCUACCCGGCGGCGGCGGGGGAAGUUGGGCUCGCGUGCGCUGCGCUCGCUCUGUCCUUCCUUAAUGCUGCUGGCUUUCUUUCUCCCUGUCUCCUUGUUAUACGGCGGAUCGGGUGAUUUCUGCCGGAGCCGACUAUUGCUCGCCCUGGUGCAGGCGUGAGACUUGUCAGCGCGCUGGCGGGGGAAGAGCAAACCUAGCGCUGCCGAAAAGUCUGCGCUCCGCGGAGACGGCUGCUUCCCGGGCAGCCUCCUCCUUUGAGGUUGUGGCAGCAGCGAAGGCUCUGAGCCCCGAAGUUCCGCAUCGUUUGCAGACAACUCUUUUGUUCACGGAAGUUUACACCCGCUACCCCUGGGAUGCGGGCGCGCAGGGACGACUCCAAGGCUGCCCGACUGACCCGCACGGUGUCGAUGGGGGUUGUUGACUACUUUUGGCCAUACCCAGAGGGCCUUGUCACCAGUCUGAGCAACUGAUGGGGAGCUGUUUCUAAUGACAUCACUCUCCGGGAUGCCCAGGUAUCACUGUUAAUCAAGUCUUCCCACCCGAAGAUGGCCUGUGCCCAACCUGGGAUGCAGCCCAGUUCCUGAGGUCCUUACCAUGGUGAUGAUCCUAAGUAGAAGCCUCAUCAACCAGGGAGCUGACUCUGGAGCACACAGGACCUUCAUCCCUGAACUGCACACGCCAAAGAUGAGUCAAGGACCUACACUCCUUUCCUGUGGAAUUAUGGAAAAUGACAGAUGGCGAGACCUGGAUAGAAAAUGCCCUCUUCAGAUUGACCAGCCAAGCGCCAGCAUCUGGGAAUGUUUGCCUGAAAAGUGUCAGAAUGGCUCCCUGUGGCACCAGGAGGCAGUGACUGCCUGUGCAGUGACCAGCCUAAUCAAAGACCUCAACAUAAAUGACCACAAUGGGAACCCCUCAGCUCCUCCCAGCAAGCGCCAAUGCCGAUCACUAUCCUUCUCUGAUGAGAUGUCCAGUUGCCGGACGUCAUGGCGGCCCUUGGGGUCCAAAGUCUGGACUCCUGUGGAGAAGAGACGAUGCUACAGUGGAGGCAGCGUCCAGCGCUACUCCAAUGGUGUCAGCCCCAUGCAGCGGAGUUCUAGCUUCAGCCUCCCUGCCAGGGCCAAUGGGCUCUCCUCACCUUCCCACCAGUCGAGCCUGCACCACCGCUUUGGGGGGCAACCCUGCCAAGGAGCACCAGGCUCAGCCCCCUGUGGACAGGCGGGCGAUAGCUGGAGCCCAGACCUGCACCCAGUGGGAGGGGGCCGGCUGGACCUGCAGCGGUCCCUCUCUUGCUCACAUGAGCAGUUUUCCUUCCCAGAAUACUGUCCCCCCUCAGCCAACAGCACACCUGCCUCAACGCCAGAACUGGCAAGACGCUCCAGUGGGCUUGCCCGCAGCCGCUCUCAGCCGUGUGUCCUUAAUGACAAGAAGAUCGGUGUGAAACGGCGGCGUCCAGACGAAGUGCAGGAGCAAAGACCUUCUCUAGACCUUGCCAAGAUGGCACAGAACUGUCAGGCCUUCAGCAGCCUCAGUUGCCUGAACAUGGGGGUGGACGACCACAGCUCCCAGAGCCCCUUUGCCCUUGUCAGCAGUACCCGAUCCUGGACCGCAUUGCUCUCAGCCUCCAGCCCAGGGGGCAGGACUCCUGCUGGGACCCCGGUUCCUGAGCCUGUUCCUGAGCCUGUUCCCCAUUCCUUUGAUGACCAGUUCACCUGCCAGGAGGACCUGUCCUGUGAUGAGUCAGAUGGCUGCAGUCUAGACGAGGAUUGCUGCAGGAAGGGGGAUCCGGCCACAGCCUGGCGGGACCGGGGAGCCUACACGAACAGCCUCUGUUCUCUGGAUGGCGAGCUGGACAUUGAGCAGAUAGAGAACAACUGAGGGCCACGGCCUAGGGAUGAGGCACUCCUCUAGGCCUUAGGUCACUCCAAGGGGGACCUGGCUCCUGGGUCUGACAGAGGCUCCUCCAAAAAAUGGAGCCCACGCAUUUUCAAAGGAACCAGCCAUCACCCUGUAGUGCCCAAAUUUGUGAAGGCAACUUGGCCACACCUCACAGGCGACAGCUGGCCUCCCACCACUUCCAUGGAACUACUGUAGCCCAAAAACAGGUUUUCGGUUUGGCGUCCUCCUCUUUGUUCCUUACGGAGUGCUGGGUAGCCACCAUUUUCCAGUAGGGCUGGGCCAGCUGCACCCUUCAGGUAGGAUGCCGGGGCCUGAGCCCCUAUAGCCUCCCUCAGGUUCCUCCUGGGGAGUCACCCAAAGCCCCCUCUACUUAGUUUACUCCGUGCCUUCUCUCCCAGGCCUCCCUGGCCCAGGCUUGGGAAGGUUCGGGAGACACCUCUUGUAGUGACAGCAGACCGUGUGGCCUUAAUCCAUUUGGGGCACUGGCAGGGAUUCUGGGAUAAUCCAUGUCCCAUUUUUCGGGAUCAGGGAUAGUUAGGGAUGACCAGAAGCCAUCCAUAUAGGGUAGGCAUUUGGUGGUUGUGUUGACUGAAAGGUGGGCCCACCAGCUCUCCCAUGGCACCAAGAAUCACUCACACCUCUGCCACCUCAGGGGCUGCCUUGGCAAGGCUGACAUUGGCAGCCUUCCUACUGUCCCCAGUCCCUGAGAGCUGAGCUCAGUGAAUUCAGCUGUGUAUAGAGAUGUCAGUGACAAGAUGACCUCUUCAUAGUGUCCUCAGGAUCUACAAGCAGGUGCGGGAGUCUGGGCCCUGUGUACAUUCCUGGGAAGAGGGAUGGCUGCUGGCUGCUUUGCAGGCUAGCCACUCUGCAGGCUCCCCUCUGUAGCGGUCUAUGUUGGGGGCCUGCAAGCCUCCACCGCAUUCCUAGCACAUUGUUGCUUGUUCAUAGACACUGCUGGCUUUAAUGAAAGCAUACCGCUGUUGGCUUCAAGACCCCCCACCCCCCACCCCCAGUCCACUGAUGUGAGUCUAGCCCCGAGGCUCUCCUCUGCAGGCCCAGCCCCAGCAUGGCUUGAGUCACACACCCCCUUGCAGCUCCUCACUCCCAGCAUAAUUCCCAGAGGGCAUCCGUUCAGGCAGCUCCCCUCAGUCCUCCCUGCAGACAUGCUACAGGGCUCUGCACCCUGGGACUCUGGCUUUUAGCAAACUUGGCAUCUUCUGCAGACAAUAGCAAGUGGGCUGGCUUACACAAGUGGCUUGUUUUCCCAUAAGGCUAAAAAUAACUGGUGCAUUCUCUUGGGUUUGCGGACAUGUGAUCUAGGCACAUUUGUAGUUGCUCUGCUGUGCCUACCCUCCGAGGUUUCAGUGUCUGCUGGCUGAGCCCAAAUGGUUGUUAACCUUUCUCCUAAAGACCUUGAUGGGAACCUUUUGUUUAAACUUUAAUUUGUCUAUUCACCAGAAGAACCGAAGCUCAAGUUCUGAUGUAUAGGCAAUGUUUCUUUAAAACCAGACCCAAAGGUACAGGAAGCCCCGCUCCUAUAACCCCAGGUCAGGUAGCUUGGUGGGUCCAUGUGGUGGUGGUUGGGGCCCAGCUGGCCUUGGGGACACUGAGAAAGCAAAGUAGAAAGCUGGUGGAGGCAUGACCUACGAGCCCUGCCUGUCAGAUCACAGAGGAAGGUAGUUGAGAGGGUGUGGGAUGCACACCCCAGUGCCCUGGCCCCUAGAAAGCCCACAGUGAGGGGAUUCUGAUAUCUGAAAGAACUUUAAUGUACCUAAAGCUAUCCCCCUGAGGAAAGGAGAGGUUGGACUCUGUCCCCUGGUCUGCUUCACACAGGCUGCUAAGGCCAAGCACAGAACAGUUGCCAGCUGCCUCUCCGGAGGACUGGGACCUGAGCUCCUGGUGGCAGGUGUGUGUCUUAAGGCUGAUGUGUGGCUGGCUGUCCUUAGACUAACUCUCUUGAGCCUGCUGACGGAAGGACAAACAGGAACUUGCUGAGUGACAGCUUCAUCUUUCCUGCCUCUAGGAGACUGUUCCCUGGGCAGCAGUGCUCCAAACCCAGGGUGGGGGUUGGCCCUUUGCAGCUUCCUCAGGUUUUUCUUGAUGUCCCUGUCCCACUAAGGCCUCAGUCCAAGCCCCCAGCAAAAGCAGCCAGAAAAGAUGGCUACCCUUUUCUGCCAAGUGUGUUCAUUUGCUUUCUGAUGUUCUUUUCAUCAAGUAAAGCAGGUUUUGUCUAGGUUUCCAGUCAGCUUUCAGCAGUCAUGUGACCCAGACAGACCCAUUCAUCCACCCCAUUCACUGGCCCCAAGACCUCUGCUCUUGGAUAUCCUGGAAGAAGGUUCACCUGGAGGUCCACUCUGUCCCCUGUGCACUUGGCACCACAGGCAGCGGGCAGACUGCUCACCCCACAGGGGUCCUUUCUCGGGCCACCUGUGAGGGUCACCCCCUAGAGAAGCUGAGGGUGGGCUUGGCCGCUCACUUGCCUAGGCAGCCUCCACUAAAGCCUACUGGGAGCAGGGCCUAUCUUAGCACGUGACCGCCCGUUUACUCCAGAAGCCACAGAAUCGACAGAGUUGCCCUCAGCUGGCUGCCUGACCUGAGUUGAGGGUAGCAGCCUAGACAGUUUCCAUGACUGCCCACUCUUGCCUUACUUAUGGUGGUGAAGGGAGAAGCUGGCCAGCACCACAGACUCCCUCAUGUAGGUCCAUGGAACUUGUUCUGCCCAAACAUGCAGAUGUGUAUUCUCAGAAAGCCUUACUUUAAAAAAAAUUUUUUUUUUUUGGUAGCAGGAAAGUUUUCUAAAUUUGUAUACAGAAAGUUAAAUAAAAGGAAGGUCCACAUUAAACAGGACAUGCCCACUCCCCCAGUUUCUAGAUGGGUCUCCUAUGCAGACCAAUGGCCAUACUUUAUUAUGGGUUCAUUUAGUGUUCACAGCAGUUAGAACUCACCCCUGGAUCCUGCACCCCAUUUCCACUAAUGUGGUUAAAAUUACUUGAAUGAUGGCCACUUAAAACAUAAGCCAGGUGCCAGGGCUCAGGGAUGCUCCGCCCACACAACCCAUGAUGCUGCCCCUUGCCAUGCUCAUGCUGCUGGUCCCACCCCUGCCCCUGGUGCCAGGCCCCUGAAGGAGGAAGAGAAAGAUACUCUAGAAUUGCAGACUGGUGGAGCUUCUUUAGGCUAGAUAGGGUAGCCUGACAUAGCAUAGUCUCAUUGGCAAAUGAACUGCAUUGUCAGUGUUGGGGGGCGCCCAGGGAUCAGGGACAGAUGAGCCCGCAGGCCGUGCUAGGGCCACGUGUGCCAUCCCAGCCAGGCAGCAGCAGCGGUACUGUUUGAGGCAAUGUGGAGAAUGGUGCGGUGAGCCAGACCCCACCAGGGCUGCAGCCCGUAGGCAGCCCGUGCUGGGUCUGCUCGUUAGCACCACGCACCACCACCUGCCAACCCCACAGGCCGUGACUGUCUUGCACUACAGCCGCUCUAGUCUCAGGAAUUUGCUUGUUCCUUUUACUGUGUAAAUAAAGCUUCCUGGUCCAACACCCGGCUGUCUGGGCAUGGCUGUGUGCUUUUUGUUGGGGGCAGUGAACUAGCAGCUCUCCUGUCAGCUCUGGACUGGGAGAACUACAGGACAGACUUCUGUCCCCAUGCCUCAGGGAGAGGACAAAGUGCUGGGUGGCCAUGGGAGUAACUACUGGAGAGGGCUGCCCAUAGCCACAGCCACCGGUGCAGGGAGCCGCAGGGGAGCCAGAGAUGUUGGCAUGGGGGCAUGCUGCACUGUUACUUCCAAGGGAGCAGGAGAGGAAGCUGACCUGGCUGAGAGACAUGCCACUUAAGAGACCUGCAGGGCUGUCAGCUCAGGGUUUCGCCCCCCGUGGAGGGCAGCACAGUUCAGAGCUCUGCUUCUUGGGCUGUGGAGAUACUAGAACACACACUUCAUCCCUGGGAUGGGCACAUAGUCCAGUGCUUAACCUCCAGACCAGAGACCUGAGUAACUACAGCUCAGGAGAGCAGUGUCUGCAGUCCUGAUGACCCCAGCAGAGAGGUACAUUUAAUUUCUGUCACACAGUGUUGGUCCCUGUAAUCUGACCUUGGAAUGUUCUCCCAGAGCCUCUGCUAUGGCCAGAGAGCAUCAUAGUCUGGAGGUGACAUCGUGGACCACUUUUCUGUUUUGC